GAGGCUCAGUUCUUGCCGGAGGAGGUCUCCCCGCACGCCGUAACAGAAUCACAGUGCAAGCAGGGCGGGCUAGCUGCAGACACACAACUGUGCCGAAAUGAGACCGACAAGAGAAAAACAUUGCCUGGGCGUCACAGUGCUAUUGGCGGCUCUUGCCGCGGUCACAGUGGCGACGCCUUCGUGUCUGGACACGAGCAACCACUACUACGACGAACGGGAGUACACCUGCAAGGGAUUCACGAGCGCGUCGCACUUCCAGGAGCACAUCCCGCGAGACCUCUCUUAUCCGCGGCUCCGGUUCGUGCUUAAGGAGUGCCUCGUCGACUACAUUCCGGGCUCGGCUUUCGCCUCGGUGCCGGCGCUGUCCCUGGACCUGGACAACUGCAAGGCAAAGACUUUCUCCAAGCCGGGAGACAAUCCGUUCGACGGGCUCGAGGAGACCGUGUCCCGCAUAGGCUUCAUGCAUAACAGCACGCUGCCGGAGUCGUGGCAGCUGCUCAAGAACCUGAACCGGCUCAAGGAGAUAGCCUUCUACAUGAUGGCCGGCCUGGACCUGACGCGCGACUUCAACAACCUGCCGCAGAGCCUGAGGCGCGUGCUCAUCUUCCGCUCCAACAUAGCGCGCAUCGACGACAACUGGCUGUCGGGUCUGAGCAACCUGGAAGAAGUGUGGAUCCAGGAGAGCGACCUCAAGCACUUCCAGCGAUCCAUGAUGCCCCGGCCGGCACCCAAGCUGUGGCGCCUGCACUUGCAAGGUUGCGGACUGACUUCGCUGCCGAGGGACUUCAGCGACGACCUGCCAGCCAUGCGGCACCUGAGCGUCGAAGAGAACCUCAUCACCACCUUCGACGAACUGAGCCUCGAGCCACUCAGAAGGGACCGCACCUACGUCGGACUCUAUGGGAACCCGCUUCACUGCGACUGCCGCAUCAAGUUCCUGCUGAGCUACUCGGACAACUGGCGGUUCCCGGUGUGUGCCACGCCCGAGUUCCUCAAGGGACGCCGGAUCAACGAGCUGAGCGAGGACCUGCUCAACUGCUCGACCCCAUCGACCACGACGACCACUACGACCCCUGCCGCCGCCGUACCAGGAGGCUUCUUUCCAUUCUACAGCGACGACGUUUGAACACACUCACGGCGACGGCAUUCACAGGACACACCAGGGACGAG